AUGCAGCGGAGAUCGAGAGGGAUCAACACGGGGCUGCUUCUGCUCCUGUCUCAAAUCUUCCACGUGGGGGUCAACAACAUUCCCCCCGUCACCCUGGCAACUCUGGCUCUUAACACCUGGCUCUUCCUGAGCCCCGUGAAGCCCCUGCACGACUCCUGCAUCAGCGUGGAGAAGUGCUACCAGCAGCAGGACUGGCAGCGCCUGCUCCUCUCCCCCUUCCACCAUGUCGACGACUGGCACCUCUACUUCAACAUGGUAUCCAUGCUGUGGAAGGGCAUCCACCUGGAGCAGAGGCUGGGCAGUAAGUGGUUCGCCUACGUCAUCGCCACCUUCUCCCUGCUCACGGGCGUGGUCUACCUGCUGCUGGAGCUCGCUCUCGCGGCGUUCAUGGACGAACCCAACUUGCGGAGGAACUGCGCCGUCGGCUUCUCGGGAGUUUUGUUUGCUUUGAAAGUUCUUAACAACCACUAUUGUCCUGGCGGUGUCAUCAGCAUCCUGGGCUUUCCCGUCCCCAACAGAUACGCUUGCUGGGCAGAACUUGUGGCCAUUCAUUUCUUCACCCCCGGGACUUCCUUCGCGGGACACCUGGCCGGCAUCCUCGUGGGGCUGAUGUACACACAGGGGCCGCUGAAGACAGUCAUGGAGGCAUGUGCAGGCAUAUUUUCCUCUAGUGCUGGUUACCCUGGACAGCCGUACUACUUCAGCAACGCAGGCUACUCCGGGUAUCAGGACCAUUAUCCAUACGACAGACCAGGCUACUAUGGAGAAGCACCCCGACACUAUGAGGCAUACACAGCAGGGCUGAGCGAGGAGGAGCAGCUGGAGAGAGCGCUGAGAGCCAGCCUCCAGGACCGAGGAAACACCAGAAGUCACCCCGAGCCCUAUGGGUUUCGCCUCUCCCCAGAAGAUGAAAUGAGGAGACAGCGGCUGCGAAGAUUUGACCACCCGUGA